AACCUGCACACUGGGGCCGCAGACUGGAGAGGAGCGGACUGAACGCCAGGUUGAAGCGCGGCAUGCGAUUAAGAGUUGCACUGGAACCGACUUCUCUCCGUCCCUGGUGAAUCUAAACUUUACACAAGAAGCACCUGUACCCAUAUUCUGCAAUAACCGGGCGGCUCGCAUUAAACAGUAUGUCCGGCAGCACCGUAGCCAGGGUGCUGGUUGCGCUCUGUAUCGGGAGCGCGGUGAACUGUUUGCCUCAAGGGACGCGCAGGACCCGGCGACAAGGGCAUCACGCCUCAGUCUCUCAGGAUGGUUGUCAAGAGAAUGGCGUUUUCUAUCGCAUUAAUGAACAGUGGGAGCGGCGGUAUAGGGACAGCACUCUGGUCUGUACCUGCCAUGGAGUUGCUGGUAUCAAGUGUAAAAGCAAACCUGAAGAAGAGGAAAGGUGCUAUGACAAGACCAACCAGCGGUCCUACACUGUGGGAGAAACCUAUGAGACACACAAGGACGGCAUGAUCUGGGACUGUACCUGUAUCGGGUCUGGGAGGGGCAAGAUCAGCUGCACCAUUGCCAAUCGCUGUCAUGAAGGUGGGGCUUCAUAUAAGAUAGGUGACACCUGGAGGAGACCCCAUGAAACUGGAGGCUACUUGUUGGAGUGUGUCUGUCUGGGCAACGGCAAGGGAGAGUGGACCUGCAAACCUGUCUCUGAGCGUUGCUAUGACAACACGGCGGGCGCAUCCUACGUUGUUGGGGAGACAUGGGAGAAGCCGUACCAGGGAUGGAUGGUGCUGGACUGUACAUGUCUGGGAGAGGGAAGUGGACGCAUCACAUGCACCUCCAGAAAUCGCUGUAACGACCAGGAUACUCUGACUUCCUACCGUAUUGGAGAUGCGUGGACCAAGACAGACGCCCAGGGCUACCAACUCCAGUGUCUGUGCACUGGGAACGGCCGAGGGGAGUGGAAGUGUGAGCGACAUGCUUCUCUUCACACCACUGGCCUAGGCACUGGCUCUCGUGUGAUCACUAACAUCCAGCCUGUGGUCUACCAGCCUGCCAAUGUGCCUGAGCUUCCCCAGGAGGGACCCUGUCGGACAGAUGCAGGACUGACGUAUUUCAUCGGCCAGCGCUGGAUUAAGAACCAGGGAACCAAGCAGAUGAUCUGUACUUGUCUUGGCAAUGGAGUUAGCUGUGAACAGUGGGACGGACCAGCUCCAGUAUAUGGUGGCAACUCUGGAGGUCAGCCCUGUGUGUUCCCCUUUGUCUACAAGGGGAAGACCUACCACUCUUGUACCUCUGAUGGACGCAGUGAUGGACAGCUCUGGUGCUCUACCUCUUCUGACUUUGAGACCGAUGAGAAAUAUUCUUUCUGCACAGAGAAGAAUGUAAUGGUGGCAACACGAGGCGGUAAUUCUAACGGUGCUCUGUGCCAGUUCCCCUUCCUCUAUAAUGGCCGAAACUACACUGACUGUACUGCGGAGGGACGUAGAGAUGGCAUGAAGUGGUGUGGCACCACAACCGACUAUGAUACAGAACAGCGCUUUGGGUUCUGUCCCAUGGCUGCCCAUGAAGAAGUGUGUACGACCACUGAAGGGGUGAUGUACCGUGUGGGAGACCAGUGGGACAAACGGCACGAUGUUCUGGGUCACAUGAUGCGAUGUACCUGUGUUGGCAAUGGCAGAGGAGAAUGGAGUUGUGUCGCUUACUCCCAGCUUAAAGACCAGUGUAUCGUGGAUGGUCUGACCUAUGAGGUGAACCAAACCUUCACCAAACAACACGAAGAAGGCUACUCGAUGAACUGCACUUGCUUUGGACAGGGGCGUGGACGCUGGAAGUGUGAUGCCAUAGACCAGUGCCAGGAGCCGGAGACGAGAGCCUUCUAUCAGAUUGGAGAGUCUUGGGAUAAAGUCAUCCAUGGAAUCAUGUACAAGUGCUAUUGCUAUGGCAACGGCCUUGGCGAGCUCAGCUGCGAGCCCCAGCAGUAUCCUGGUGGUCAUCGUCCUGUCCAGGUGGUCAUAUCAGAAUCUGGAAACCAACCCAACUCCCACCCUAUUCAGUGGAAUGCCCCACAGUCUGCUCACAUCACCCAGUACAUCCUGAAAUGGAAAGUGAAAAACACUUCAAGCCCAUGGAGAGAGGUCAUAAUCCCCGGCCACCUUAACACCUACACCAUCUCUGGGCUGAAGCCGGGCAUCACCUACGAGGGUCAGCUAAUCAGCGUGUUGCGGUUUGGACGCAGAGAGAUCACACGCUUUGACUUCACCACUAAUGAUGGAUCAUUGGCACCAUCACAAGGCGAGACCACCCCAGUUCCGCCUAUGGUCGACAUCUCAGAGUCGGUGACUGAAAUUACCUCCAGCAGCUUUGUCAUCUCCUGGGUUUCCGCCUCAGACACAGUUUCUGGUUUCAGAGUAGAGUAUGAGCUCAGUGAGCAGGGACAGGCAACUGGACAACCCAUGGUGCUAGACCUGCCCCGUACAACUACCUCAGUGAACAUUAAUGAGCUUCUACCUGGGAGGAAGUACACUGUUAAUGUCUAUGAGGUUACAGAUAGUGGAGAUGACAACCUAAUUUUUACUACUUCACAAACCACUGCACCUGAUGCUCCUAGUGAUCAUGAAGUGGAGGAUGUGGGAGAAACUUCCAUUGUGAUCAGUUGGGAAAAACCACUGGCUCCAAUCACUGGCUAUCGUGUCGUCUACACACCGUCAAUAGAAGGUGAAAGCACGGAGCUGACUCUCCCUGACACAGCAACAUCUGUGACUCUGAGUGACCUUCGACCCGGGAACUUGUACAACAUUAGUAUCUACGCUGUGGAGGACAGCCUGGAGAGUGAGCCUAUCUUUAUACAGGUCAACACCGCUGGAGAUCCUCUACCAGAUGAAGUGGCUUCUCCUACAGACUUGCAGUUCUUCCAGGUGUCAGAUAAAAAAAUCGUUCUGACCUGGACUAGCCCAGCCAGUGAAGUCUCAGGUUACCGGGUCACCGCCAUCCCAGUUGAUGAGUCUGGUACUCCACAGAGGGAGAUGACUCUGCCUGUCAGUCAAAACUCCUAUGAAGUGUCACAGCUACAGCCUGGAACACUGUACCGCUUCAGUAUCUAUACCAUUCACAAUGGGCAGGAAAGUUUACCGCUUAUUGGGGAGCAAACUACAAAGCCUGAUGCUCCCACAGAUAUCCAUUUCGCCAAUGUGACAGAGGACAGUGCUGUGAUGUUGUGGUAUGCCCCCCGUGCCAAAAUCUCUGGCUACCGUCUCCUCCUCUCCGUUGAGGGCUCCAACCCUAAGCAGCUGCGCUUGCCUGCCCGCCUUACUCAGUACACCCUCCUCAACCUGAAGCCCGAUACAGAGUACACUGCUACGCUACAUGCAGAGAAAGAGACAACACUGAGUGAAGGAGAGACAGCUGUAUUUACUACUAGCCCGGCAAUGGGCAACGCUCCUCAUUUCAGCACGGAUGUGACGGACACGUCCAUUAUAAUCUCCUGGACUCCAGUUCCCCACAUUGGAUACAAGUUGACAGUACGUCCCAGUCAGGGCGGAGAAGCUCCCAGAGACGUGACCUCUGACUCGGGAAGUAUUUACGUUUCUGGUCUAACUCCGGGAGUGGAGUACACCUACAGCAUCCAGCCAGUCAUAAACGGCCAUGAGCAGGGAACCCCAAUCACACACCGUGUUGUCACACCUCUGUCUCCUCCCACUGAUCUCAACCUGGAGUCUAACCCAGGCACAGGAGACCUAACAGUUCAAUGGAAUGGGGCUAAUACACCAGACAUCACUGGCUACAGAGUGACAUGCACUCCCACCAAUGGCCAGCAAGGAAACAGUGUGGAGGAGUUUGUGGAAGCAGGGCAGAACUCCUGCAUCCUGGAGAACCUCAGUCCAGGAGUGGAGUACAACAUCAGUGUUGUUACUGUCAAGGAUGAUAUGGAGAGCGUUCCUAUAUCAACUACCAUUACACCAGACAUCCCACAGCUGACGGACCUCAGCUUCAGGGAUGUGAGCGACACCAGUAUCAGCCUCCGCUGGUCGCCGCUCAACGCCACAGCCAUCACUGGUUACAGGAUCACUGUGGUGGCAGCCGGCGAGAGUGUGCCCAUCUUUGAAGACAUGGUUAUGCCAACGACUGGUCAAUAUACUGUCUACGGGCUGGAACCUGGUAUCGAUUAUGAGAUUAGUGUGAUCACUGUGACGGAGAAUGGCGAGAGCGAGCCCACCACAGUCACUCAGCAGACCUCUGUACCAGCCCCGACGGAUUUGGGCUUCAGCAAGGUCGGGCCAGACACUAUGGAAAUCACCUGGCUCUCUCCCCGGGUCCCCAACACUGCUGAUAUCAACAACUUCCUCAUUAGGUAUCACCCCAUUGACGAUGAAGAUGACAGUACAGAAACCAGCGUAGGAAGCAGGAUUAACAAUGUGGUGCUAAGGAACUUGCUGCCUAAUACAGAAUAUCUGGUGAGCGUGGUGUGUGUUUAUGAGCAGAGAGAGAGCUCGCCCCUCGUCGGCACCCAGAAAACAACUCUGGAUUCACCAGUUGGCCUGCGUUUCUCUGAGGUCUUCACCAACUCCUUCACCAUCCACUGGCUCGCUCCACAGAGCAAAAUCACUGGAUACCGUAUCCGUUACCAGAUGGUCAGCGGCGGGAGGGCCAAGGAUGAGAGGCUGCCCCCCUCCAGGAACCACUUCACCCUGACCGGCCUCACACCAGACACAGAGUACUUGGUCAACAUAUUUGCAGUGAGCGGGACACAAGAGAGCCUGCCGCUCAGUGGGAAACAGAAGACAAUCUCUGACGCUCCCACAGACCUGGAAGUGCUAGACUCCUCCCCCACCAGCAUCACUGUCCGCUGGGACGCACCACCUGUCACCGUGCGGUACUACAGGAUCACUCAUGGAGAGUCCGGAGGUCACAGUAAUCCUAAGGAGUUCACAGUGCCUGGCUCUCAGUCCACUGCCACAAUCAAUAACCUGAAGCCUGGUACUGAAUACACUGUCACUGUCUACGCUGUGACUGGUAGAGGAGACAGCCCUGCAUCCAGCACACCAAUCUAUGUCACACACAUGACAGGCGUCGACUCUCCCUCUGAAAUGGAGGUCAUGGAAGUGAAUGACAAGAGUGUCACAGUGAGGUGGAGCCCUGCCCAAGGCCCAAUCAAGGGAUACAGGGUGACUGGGGUCCCCAGAAAUGGACAGGGACCGUCUUUCACGGAGGUGGUGGCUCCAGACCAGACAGAGAUUACUUUCUCAGGACUGAUGCCCACAGUAGAGUAUGUUUUGAGUGUUUACGCUCUUGGACAAGAUGGAGAGAGCUCUCCAUUGGUAGUGAAUGCUUUAACAAAUGUAGACCAUCCCAAGGACCUGACCUUCUCAGACGUCGACUCCACCUCACUGAAAAUCACCUGGGACAGUCCUGAGGGAAUUGUUACAUCUUACCGGGUCUUGUAUUCAAGUCCAGAGGAGGGUGAGAGAGAGCUGCGCCCCGCUCCCAGAGCAGAUGCUGAGUCCACUGUUAUCUAUGGUCUGCAACCUGGCACUGAGUACACUGUAAAGGUCAUCGCUCUGCAUGAUGACACAGCCAGCACACCACUGGUUGGGACACAAGCCACAGCCAUCUCAUCCCCCACCAACCUCCAGUUCUCCCAGGUUACCCCUACCUCUUUCACAAUGCGCUGGUCUAUGCCGGGUCAGGAAAACCGACUAACUGGGUUAACAGGCCUCACAGGCUACCGUGUGGUGGUGAAUCCGAAGGACAAGAGCGGCCCUACCAAGGAGAUGAACUUGGCCCCAGACGCCACACAGGCACACAUCUCUGGACUCAUGGUUGCAACUACCUAUGAAGUCCAUGUUUAUGCCUUGAAAAACUCUCUAACCAGCAGGCCAGUCAAAGGAGAGGUCACCACUCUGGAGAAUAUCAGCCCCCCUCGUCGUGUACGUAUCUCUGAUGUUAACGACUCUUCCAUCACUCUGAGCUGGCGCUCCAAGACAGAAAUCAUCUCUGGCUUCCUGGUUGAGGCCACACCCACCUCCUCUUCUUCAGGCUACGUACCAAUUCAAAAGACCAUUGAUGCUGACUCACGCUCAUACACUAUUACAGGUCUGGAGCCAGGCACCAAUUACAAGAUCAGCAUCUAUACAUUGAAAGGGAAUGGACGCAGUGCACCUUUCACUCUGACCGCCACCACAGCCAAACCGGUGCUCAUCCCACCCACCAAUAUCCGCUUCACCUCCCUGAACCCUGACAGCAUCUCUUUCACCUGGGAGCCAUCACGCAGUCCAGGGGUUACUGGGUAUUAUGUCACCUAUGAGGAAGCCGGGGGUUUGCCUCAUGAAGUUAUCCCCAGACCCCACGCAAGCCAGAUCUACACCAUUAUCAAUGGUCUGAAACCAGGGACUGAGUAUGUCAUUAAAAUUGUGGCCCUGCAGGGUGCUUUGAGAAGCAUACCUCUAGUAGGCAAAGCCAGAACACAGCCAGCGAUAGAUCCGCUACUGGUCCCCGAAUUACCACCGCUUCCUGUUCCUCACCAACCCAGAACUGACAUCCUGGAUGUUCCAGAUACCUUCAAUGACAGGAUUUUCGACUCGAACCAUGUUCACCUGUCUGGUACUAGUGGCCAGAAACAACCAGGUCAGCAGGGCCAGCACAUCUAUACAGAGUACCAGAGCCUAGGCCCUAAUAACGGACUUCAUGGUCCAUAUGGUGGACUCAAAGAAGGCCAGAGACCGACUCUCAGAGAACCUCUGGUCUACAUUCCUGUAGCAGGCCCUGAUGGAAACAGAAUACCCUUGGUCAGGGUGAGUGACGGUCCUCUGCCAGGUCUUGCGUUUGGUUUCCCUGACAACGAAACAGAGUUGCCCCAAGAAGCACAGACGAUCACAACCAUCUCCUGGCAACCCGUUCCUCAGACGUCAGAGUAUGAGGUGUCCUGUAAUCCUAUUACACACCUGGAGGAAAGGGGUUUCCAGAUGCGUCUUCCUGGCAGCUCCAACAGUGCCACGCUAAUUGGAUUGACAUCCGGAGCUUCCUACAACGUGAUAGUCGAGGCCAUGAGGGACGGGGCUAAAGAGAAGGUUUUAGAGGAAGUCAUAACCGUUGGCAAUGCUGUUCCAGGUGACAUCCCCAUCACCACCAACCGGGACGUGUGUUACGACACAUUCACACAAACCUACCAUGAGGUGGGCUCAGAAUGGGAGCGCAUGUCUGAGACGGGCUUCAAGCUGUGGUGCCGCUGCCUGGGGCUGGGAAGUGGUCAUUUUAGGUGUGAUUCAUCCAAGUGGUGUCAUGACAACGGUAAUAACUACCGCGUCGGUGAGAAGUGGGAUCGCCGCGCUGAGAACGGUCACAUGAUGAGCUGCACUUGUCUGGGCAAUGGCAAGGGAGAAUUCAAAUGUGAACCCCACGAGUCCACAUGUUACGAUGAUGGGAAAAUGUACCAGGUGGGAAACCAGUGGCAGAAGGAAUACCUGGGCGCUAUCUGUACCUGUACCUGCUAUGGAGGACAACAGGGCUGGCGUUGUGAGAACUGCAGAAGACCCGGAGGACAUACAGAUUUGGAAGCUGACCUCCUUCAACCUGUUCGUUCAGAUGCCUUCGACCGGUACAGAGAAAACGCUCUACGCAAACUGAACAUCCAGUGUCCGAUUGAAUGCUUGAGGCCAGAGUUGCUUGCAGAUGCUGACAGCACCUCGGAGUAGAGAAGCAAGGAGGGGUAUAAUUAAAGGAGGCUGAAGAAGUGAGACUCCUUCCAGCAUCGCUGCCACUUCAAUAAAAAAGCCUCCUCCUGUUUUCAUUCACAGGAAGACAUUUCCAUCAGAUCUGUCCCUUAAAGGCUUUCCCCUCGCCAAAUUUAAGUGCCUUUUUAAAAAGACUUUUAUACACCAACCUCUGUUUCUCUUUUCAAAGAUCUGUCCAACUUUUCACGUUGGUUGUGAUCCUUUCUUCUUCAAUAGAAACAAGGAUUUCUUCAAUCAAUGAAUUUUUGACAUCAGAACACAAAUCCUGCUGCUUUUUCACCUCAAACCUGCCUAACCCAAACAUACUGUUGAGACACACACACACACACAUACACAUACACACACCAGAUGCAGUAUUGUUGUGUAUUUUUACUGUUGCAUUGAGGCUUUUAUUUUGAUUAAAACAUUCCAUGCCAAUUUUCUUGCUUUGACCAAGACAAAACACACCACCACUUCAAAUGUGUCUGAUAAUAACUUUUGGCUCCUUAGACAUGUCCAAUAGAGGAGAGUGUGAGUUUAUUGCAAAAGGAAUUCCAAAGCCAUACAGUAUUUCCAUUGUUUCCAACAACAACUUUUAUAUUUCCUGUCUCAGCUUGACUGACCUAAACGGACAUGACAGUCAGAUUUAAAUAAAAUUGAUUUGACAGUUGACUCAGUAUGCUUUGUAAUGAGUUAAUUUGAUGAGCAGAGCAACAGCUCAAUGAGAUUUGUCUUUGAAUAACCACAAAUUCAAAACAACGAACCUUCCUUAAAAAGAUAAGCACUGUUACUUUUAAGUUGCUAUUAAAAAAUUGCCUUGCUAUUAUUACAGUACAGGCUUUUGAAGUCACCAUGUAGAUGUGAUGAUCUGAUCUGUAAUGUCGGUGUGUUUUUUUUAUUUUUUUUUAAACUAUAUAAGGUAUAAUGCACCUCUAAAACGCUAUAAUGCAAAAGCGUCCUGACCAAAAGUUAUGUAAUUUGAAAAAUGGAUUGGAAAAUUCACCAUUAUUUCCAUGUGAAAUGCAUUUUAAUUACAUCAGUGUUUGUAUUUUGUUUUUAUUCAUUUCUUUUAUUUAUCCCUUUUUUUUAUUCAGGCAUUUUGUUCAAAGCUUUUUUGGGGUGUACACUUUAUUUUUGAUUAACUUGUUUUAAUAUUGUUGGUGCCAAAAUCUGAACUACUGUAGACUGAAUCUUUUUAAUAAACUGAAAAAAAAAA